GUGCAGCGCUCGGUGGACGGACGCGGACGUUGGUUAUGGCGAGGAUGUGAUUCGAGAAGGACGCGCUUCGUCCAUCCGCCAAUCUCGCUGGACCGCAUCCAGACCGAGUCGCUCAUGAUGUUCAGGGCUCUGCGGAGGCUGGUCCAUCUGGUGGUUUUCUGCCCUUUGUCAAAGGGCCUGCAGAGUCGUCUUCCGGCGAUAAAGGUGAAGUACCUGCUGCUGGCAUGUCUCGGCAUCCUGGUUGCCAGCUGGGUCAUCUACAUGCAGUAUGCGUCCUACUCGGAACUCUGUCGUGGGCACGUCUGCCACAUGGUCAUCUGUGACCACUACAGAAGGGGCAUCAUCUCGGGUUCGUCCUGCAAGGCGCUGUGUGACCAGAGAACCCUCACUCUGCAGCACUGCAUGUCCACCUCCUCCAUUCACCAGGUGUACAGGGGCCUGUGGAGAGACAGGCCGGUGGUGAUCAAGUGUGGCAUCGAGGAGUCGGUAAAGGUUGACGGGGCUCCAGACUCCGUGCUACGGCAGGAGACGAGCUUGUUUGACAAACCCACCCGCGGGACCUCUAUGGACGAGUUUAGGGAGAUGCUGCACGGCUUCCUUAAGUCAAACCUGGGCGAGCAGCCAUCUCUGAGCACGCUGGUGGAGCGUGUCAUCACCCUUGCUGAUGUGAACCAGGAUGGCAAGGUAUCGCUGGCGGAAGCUAAGUCUGUCUGGGCCCUGCUUCAGAUAAACGAGUUCCUCCUAAUGGUGGCGCUGCAGGAGAAAGAGCACACCCCGAAGCUGCUGGGCUUCUGUGGCGAUUUAUACGUCACGGAGCGAAUUGGCCACAGCUCCCUCUACCGACUGGAGGUCCCCAGUUACCUGCAGGCCCUGGUCCCCGAGGCUUUGAGCUCCAGCCUGAACCGCUGGCUAGCACCCGCGUGGCCACGUAGAGCGCGCAUCACCAUUGGCCUGCUAGAGUUUGUGGAAGAGGUCUUCCAUGGGUCCUACGGCAGCUUCCUCAUGUGCGACGCCAGUCCGCGCCACGUGGGCUACAAUGCCAAGUAUGACUGUAAGAUGGCCAACCUACGCAGCGUGGCGUCAGAGGCUGUUGUGCGGGGGUUCUUGCGGGGUCGGCACUGCGAGAGCAAUGCAGACUGCACAUACGGUCAUGACUGCACGGCCACUUGUGACCGACUAGUGAAGCAGUGCAACACGGAAGUGGUUCAGCCCAAUCUCGCAAAGGUGUGCGUCCUGCUGCAGGAUUUCCUGCUUUUCGGAGCGCCCUCGGACCUUCGCGGAGACCUGGAGAAGCAGCUGCGCACCUGUGUGACGCUCAGUGGGCUGGCGAGCCAGAUGGAGGUACAUCACUCCCUGGUCCUCAACAACCUCAAGACACUGCUAUGGAAAAAGAUCUCCAAUACACAGUAUUCUUGAGGAGCCCCAACAUCUGGGGAGGGCAGAUGAGUAUCUAAACCUUCAAUGAACGGAUGGAUUUUUUUCAUGAACUGUUGUCCGACCUGAGUGUUUUUUGUUGGUGAUGCUUUUCCAAAUGUAGUGGUUGGCUGUGUCCACGUUGUGUCUCAACAUAACACAACAGUGACUGUGAAUACCAUGAAACUGCGAAUUGACAAAUAUAUAUCCGACGGUUCCCUGGGAACCUCAAAUACUGUUUCGAGUUUGAUUUCCGUUGCUUGAUUUUUGUGACGUGUGGAGUUAGAAAACAACGAGACAGGAGACGUGAGAGUAGACGUAGUCGAGGUAGCUUACUAGCUCCAACUUAGCACGU